GGUCACAUGACCUGGGUGUGCAUUGCAUUGAGACGUACGUACACCUGCCUCAUUUGAUACGGAACUACGAAUUUGUUGGUUUUGGAAUUGAAGAAAGCUUUUAAGGAAAAUAAUUGUGUGGUUGUGCUUCUACGCCGGGAUUUUUAUCGCGAUAAAUAAUUUUUAAAGUAGUUACUGACCUGACUUCGAUUAGACCUGUCAAUAAUAAAACAAGGAAGUAGGAGCUUUACUCAUCGGUGUCAUUUCACGGGCCGUUUUUAUGUAUGGCUACGUGUGUUUUAUUGAGCUUUUCAGCUUGUGAUAUAUACUAUGAAUGUAUUGUUUAAAUACCAGUACGAUGAACAGAAUUAAGUGACGUUUAUUAUUAUAAAGUCAUUUGAGUUUUGAGGACUGCGUUUGAUAGCAGGAAGUCUGAACUCACACAGGUGUUGACACAAGAUGAAUGAUUCAAGGGAGUCGACUCUCUCAAUGGAUUCAAAUAUAAACAUGAAUGAUUCAGUCCCGCAGUUGUCAUACUCAGUGCUGUUGUCAAAUAUAACCAACAUGUCUAACAUAACGGUGAUCAGGUCAAGUAAUGGGACUGAAGUAGUGGAGAAUGACCGGAUCUUCCUCAACACACCCACUGCUCAAGCCUUGUCUGGGAUUUUCGUUUGGUCGGCGCUCAUCAUCACCUGCCAUCAGAUCUACCUGCACCUGAGGUCUUACACGGUGCCAAACGAGCAGCGCUACAUUAUCCGGAUCCUCUUCAUUGUCCCUAUCUUUGCUUUUGACUCCUGGCUCAGUCUGCUGUUCAUCAGUAAUGACCAGUAUUAUGUCUAUUUUGACUCUGUUCGAGAUUGCUAUGAAGCAUUUGUGAUAUACAACUUUCUAAGCCUGUCUUUUGAAUACCUCGGAGGAGAGAGUGCCAUCAUGUCGGAAAUAAGAGGGAAGCCUAUUCAAUCGAGCUGUCUAUAUGGCACAUGCUGCCUGGUAGGAAUAAGCUACUCCAUUGGGUUCUUAAGGUUCUGCAAGCAGGCCACACUUCAGUUCUGUGUUGUGAAACCCAUCAUGGCUGUCAUCACCAUCCUCCUCCAGGCAUUUGGCAAAUAUCAUGACGGAGAUUUUAAUGUAACGGGAGGUUACCUCUACAUCACAAUCAUCUACAAUUUCUCAGUCAGUUUGGCUCUUUAUGCCCUCUUCCUCUUCUACUUUGCCACAAGUGACCUGCUGAGACCUUAUGAGCCUGUUCUUAAGUUUCUCACAAUCAAAUCCGUCAUCUUCCUCUCUUUCUGGCAAGGUAUGGUUCUGGCUAUUCUGGAGCGUUGUGGUGUGAUCCCAGAAGCUCUGGUCAUCGAUGGGCAUGAGGUGGGUGCUGGCACAGUGGCAGCUGGCUGGCAAAACUUCAUAAUCUGCAUCGAGAUGUUCUUCGCCUCCAUUGCCCUCCGCUACGCCUUUACCUCCAGUGUUUACCGCGAGAAGAAGAGUCAAGCACCAGAAAAUGUAGCACCUAUGCACAGCAUAUCCAGUGGCCUGAAGGAGACCAUGAACCCUGGAGACAUGGUUCAGGAUGCAAUCCACAACUUUUCGCCGGCCUACCAACAGUACACCCAGCAGUCCACCCAGGAAGUAGUGCAACCCAACAUGAAUGGCAAGGCAGGAGUCAGCACAUCCAAGAGUUCAAAGAAAUCUGACAAAGUGGUGCUGAUCGACACGGAUGAUGAGUUCUAGUGCCCUAAUCUUGACUGUCUUGAUCUGUCUAUUUAUUUAAUCCAAAAAUUACUCUUCUUAACUUCAAUAAGGACACUAAUAAUGUAAAUCUGUGCAUGAUUCUUAAAAAACAAAAGAGCAUAUAAAAGGGAUCAUCAGAGCUGAACAGCUCAGAGUGAAUACGGUGCCAGGGAAUGCUCUCUGCCCAUUGUAGUCCAGAAGCUCAUCCUCUACUGAUAUAUUGUAGCAGUGGAUGAUCUGACCGUUCUGAAGAGUGGCUGAUAAACAUGAGCCGUCAGGAGCUGUUGAGACGGCAUGAAUCUGGAACUGACACUUUAGGGAGCCGAUCUUGCAUCUACCCAUUUGAAGUAUUUGCUCAGCAGCCCUCUGCUGGGUCUCAUGAUGAAUUGAACCGGCUCUCAAAGACACCCUGGCUUUGGAGCUUGCACUUCAAACUGUUAUCUGCCGUUCUUUGAAACCUUUGUAUCAAUCACACCACAUGGACAAAGUGGGAGGCUGAGCAGUGCCCCCGUUUGAUUUGGAGGUUCAUUAAUUUUCACACCAUGCCUUCAAAGUGUGUAAGAUCUGAUGCAGAGAGGCGAGUCUCCACUUGGUGUAUUUUAAUUGAAGAUAACUCGUAUUCAGCCAUUAUUUGGUAUACCUAUGUCAUUAUAAGUUCAUAAUUUAUGCAGGUGUUACCAGGGCAUGUUAAUAUGUUAAAUUAUGUUGUUUAGUACCCCACGGUUUAACAUUAAAGGUCAUUUUCACCUAGUUUAAUGUAAUAAUACAAAACGUUUGUCAGUUCAAAACUCUUGCCCUUAUUUAAUGGUUUGCUUUAAAAGAAUUUAUAAACAAUACAAAAUAAUAUGUAUUUAGUCAAGUAUC